UGACAGAGAAGCGCGGCCUUUCUCUCGCCCCGCCUUCCCCGCCGCUCGCAGCCAAUGGGAAGGCUCUGUACUACGAGGUGCAGAGGGGACAGCGCCGUGGGCAAGUCGCAAGUCUAGAAAGCGGCGGGAAGUUCGUACUACGCUGUGGGACGGCGAGUUGGCCGCUCUGGGUAGGGAGCCCUGAGGUGGCGGCGGGACGGUGGGUACAGCGACGCAUCAGAGAGGCGCCUGCUCAUCCGGGUGUCAGGCGGCGCGGCUGCUGGGUCGGGUCAGCCCGGGAACCCUCGCCUCUCUGCCCGCUCGCGGAGCUGCCGGAAGCCCGGUUCUAGAAGGCCGCCCGAAGCCUGGACAGGGCCAGGUGGCGGACACCGGGACAGGAAUCUGGACCGGCCGAGCUUGCCUCUUCCUUAGCAGCGGUGAGGUGAGGCCUCGGGGCACACCCGCGGCCGCUAGCUUCUCGUUUCCUCCCUGGCCUUGCUCCACAGGUCUCCACCGCCGGUGACCUGUCUCCUGUUGCAGUGUCUUCAGAGGCAAGCAGCGCUGCAGAGGCAGAGGCAGGCAGAUCUCUGUGAGUUCCAGCCAACCAGAUCUACAUAGUGAGUUUCAGACAAGCCAGAACUACACAGUGGAGACUCUGUCUUGAAAACAAGCAAGCAAACAAAAGAACAACCGCCACCACACAAAAGUGAAAAUGCCUCGUGUAAAAGCAGCUCAGGCUGGAAGACAGGGACCUGCAAAGAGGCGCCUCGCAGAGCAGUUUGCCGCUGGAGAGAUCAUAACCGACAUGUCUAAAAAGGAAUGGAAACUAGGCUUGCCUAUUGGCCAAGGAGGCUUUGGCUGCAUCUAUCUGGCGGACACAAAUUCUUCCAAACCGGUCGGCAGUGAUGCGCCCUGUGUUGUGAAAGUGGAACCCAGUGACAAUGGACCUCUUUUCACUGAAUUAAAGUUCUACCAGAGGGCUGCUAAACCAGAGCAAAUUCAGAAAUGGAUUCAUACACAUAAAUUGAAGUAUCUUGGUGUUCCUAAGUAUUGGGGAUCUGGUCUACAUGAUAAAAAUGGAAAAAGUUACAGGUUUAUGAUAAUGGACCGCUUUGGGAGUGACCUUCAGAAAAUAUAUGAAGCAAAUGCCAAAAGGUUUUCUCGGAAAACUGUCUUGCAGCUAAGCUUAAGAAUUCUGGAUAUCCUGGAGUACAUCCACGAGCACGAGUAUGUGCAUGGGGACAUCAAGGCCUCCAACCUCCUUCUGAGUUACAAGAACCCUGACCAGGUGUAUUUGGUUGACUAUGGACUUGCUUAUCGGUACUGCCCAGAUGGAGUUCAUAAAGAGUACAAGGAAGAUCCCAAAAGGUGCCACGACGGCACACUGGAGUUCACCAGCAUCGAUGCUCACAAUGGCGUGGCCCCAUCUCGACGUGGUGAUUUGGAAAUACUUGGUUACUGCAUGAUCCAGUGGCUCAGCGGCUGUCUUCCUUGGGAGGAUAACUUGAAAGACCCCAACUACGUCAGACAGUCCAAAAUUAGAUACAGAGACAAUGUCGCAGCUUUGAUGGAGAAAUGCUUUCCUGAGAGGAAUAAGCCAGGUGAGAUCGCUAAGUACAUGGAGACUGUGAAACUACUGGACUACACUGAAAAGCCGCUUUACCAAAACCUACGUGACAUCCUUCUGCAAGGACUAAAAGCUAUAGGAAGUAAGGAUGACGGCAAACUGGAUUUUAGUGCUGUGGAGAACGGAAGUGUGAACACAAAACCAGCUUCAAAGAAGCGGAAGAAAGGCGCUGUGGAAGAAGAAAGCUCAGUGUGCGCUGUGGAAGAAAGCCCAGUGUGCGCUGUGGAAGAAAGCCCAGUGUGCGCCGUGGAAGACAUGGAGUGCGCAGACACACAGGCGCAAGAGGCCAUACAGACUCGUUCACGAACCAGAAAGAAAGCCCAGCAAUAACUGAGAUGCCAGAAACCGUCUUCUCUGCCUGUUCAUUUGACUGUUUCCUCCUUUUCUAUUUUAUGUUUUAUUUUCAUGUGAGUCUUGUGGGGUGUGAGUAAUAAUUGAAUGACUACUUUUUUGAAAAGCAAACUUUAUUAAAAUGAGUAUUUUGUGUACUUUAUUGAAGGAUUAUUUAUAAAGUCUCAAAUCUUUAGUCGUCACAACCCACGUGCUUUGGGACUUGGGAGCGUGUGCUGGCUCUGGCCGCUCUGCACUUCCCAGGUUGGGCAGAGCUCUCUACAGGCUCCUUGCUUUUACGGAAUGAAGAACUUAAAAUAAAGGUCUCUUUUGCUUUA